GCAUUACUCUUCUGACAAUCUCGUUUCCAUACGACACGAUACAUACGUUCAUUCACUGGAUAUCGAAAUGCGUAUGCAAAGUAUAAGGGGGCAAUGGGCAGUCCUUGCCGUAGUUUGCGUGGUUAAUUUACGAUUAGCUUUCUGCGAGAAAGAAUUGGGAAGCGAAAAGAAAGUGUCUUCCGAAGAACUGCGACAACACUCUUGUUGCGCCCGGCAUGAAAAGAUGAUCGACGUCGGAUAUGGGAUAUCCGGAGAAACUAUCCAAAUCGACGCUGGGCACUGCCGAAAAUUAUGCCCGCGACACGUUUCCGACGAUCCCGGGGAUGCGAGUCGUCCAGCAGUGCAGAAAUGCUCGUUGGAUUCCCGUUGUCGUGCAAGAGCCGCCAAAUUGGAAAGAGUGUCAACGUUGCAGGGUGUUCGCGUCAUCGAAGCUAUAGACGCCUGCGAGUGUUUGCCGGAAACAUCUUGCAAACGAGAAUCCUACAUCCAUCUCGUGCAUUCCGGCACACCGCACCAGACCGUCGUAGAUACUGGGGUUUGCUUUGGUCAUUGCGAUAAAGAUCUUGGUUGUAAACCGGUGCGAAAUAAUACAAUCAGCGUCAAAGGGCCAAAUGGAGAUGAAAUCUAUCAAGUGGUAGAGAAAUGCGGCUGCGCCGGUAAUUGUCACCGAAUGGACCAUAUGGAGACUGUGUUGGAUUACAGCGAAGUAACGAUCAAAGAGGGUACAAAUACAACCGACGUGAGACCCGUUGUCCGACAAAUAAAUGUCGGACAAUGUGUCGGAACAUGUCCAGGAAACGAGACGGAAACAUGCCUUUUACGUGAUAAGAAAGAGCCAUACAGAUGUCUAGCUGGUCUAUACUCGAAGCAGCAUAGUUGCACACCAACCACAUUCAAAGUACACGAGUACAGAACCCGACGAGGUGCGAAGAGAGAAAUAAUUCAGAUCACUCAGUGUGCCUGCAUCUAAAUUGAAAUUACAGCAGCCAGUCAUACUCAAAUCGAAUCAAGGACAAAAAAGAGAAAGAAAGAUAUUGUGUUAAAUAUACAAUGCUACGAUAGUGUGUUAGAUAUACAAUACUUUGCACACUCAUGUUCCUAAAUGCAUUAUGUACUAAUCUAUCAUGACUAAAUAAAUCAACAACAUUUUCUUCAAGGA